GGCGAGAAAGGACGAAGAUGACGCGGGUCGCGUACACUGCGCUCUUCUUCGUGAACGCGAUUCUAGCGACGGCCUUGCGGGCCUUCGGCGAUGGCUUCCUCAAGCACGUGUGGGCUAUCGACGGCUGCGACGACCCCGCCGACGUGCACUGCGUUGGCAACCAAGCCGUGUAUCGGACAAGCUUCGCCAUCUGCUGCUUCUUCGCCUUGAUGGUCCUUGUGAGCGCGCUCUCGGAGCGAGGGCACGCCAACUGCUGCUGCCUCUGGUGCUUCCAGCUGCCUUGCUACGGCGCGCUCGUCGUGAUCUCGUUUCUUAUUCCAAGCGCGUUCUUUGAGGGCUAUGCGUGGCUGGCGCGUGUCACGUCUGUCUUCUUCCUCGUCCUCCAGAUCGUCAUCAUCAUCGACUUUAUGUACAAUGUCCGGGACUACCUCAUUGACCGCAUCGACGCGGCCGAAGCCGACGCCGAAACCACCGCGUCGCUCCUCGGCACCGCAUCCCCGCCAGCGAAUCGUAGCUGGAUCUGGAAGAGCAUCUACUUGGCCAUCGUGCUUGUCUGCCUCGGUGGCGCGGUCACCGGUAUCGCCCUCAUGUACCAGAACUAUGGCGACUGCGCGAUUGGCUCGACGUUUACCACGAUCACGCUCGUGUCAAUACUGAUUGCGACAGGCAUUAGCAUCACCGAGUGGGCGGGCACGGGCUUGAUGCCGCCGUCGAUCGUGGCCGCCUACGCCGUCUUCCUUUGCUACCAGGCGCUCACGUCCAACCCCAACGCAUCGACCUCUUUCUACCGAUUGAAGCUCACGCCUCUGGGACACUGGUCGACGUCGUCGUCGGCGUCGUCGGCGCUGCAGAUGCACCGCACAGACGAGACGGCCAACGCCUCGAACGCCGACACACCGAGCUGGCAAUUCCAUCUCGUCAUGCUCUUUGGUGGCCUGUACAUGGCCAUGGUGCUCACGCAAUGGGGCUCGUUGCAUGGGCAAGAGCAAGGGGCGGUCAACAUGUGGGUCCAGAUCGUGUCCCAGUGGAUGGUGCUGCUUCUGUAUGUGUGGACGCUUGUGGCGCCCCGGCUCUUCCCCGACCGUGACUUUAGCGUCUGA